AUGUCCCUGGCCUCAAGCAUCGCGACUGUGCCGUGUGUGCGUGUGCACUGCAGGUUUGGUGCUGCGGCGGUGGCCAAGGGCCAGCAUGUGUCUUUUUUUGAGGUCGACCUGCCGGCUGCAUCGCAGAAGAAGCGGGAGCUCGUUGAGGCUCUGUUCUCACCCUCCGCCUACCCCCGCCCCGCCUACGUGGCCGCUGACCUGGCGGCGGUGCCCCUCAUGGACGCGCUGGAGGCGGCUGCUGUGGGGUUUGACCGGUCAAAGCCGGCGCUGUUCACUGUGGAAGGCCUGGUGUACUACCUGCCAGGGGGGAGCGUAGCGCGUCUGCUGGGCGGCAUCGCGGCGCGCGCGGCGCCCGGCAGCCGCGUCGCCUUCGACUUCCUCAGCCGAGACGUGCUGGACGGCGUGAGGGCGGCGCCCGCGUACAAGGUGACCGCUCGCAGCGUGGCCAACAAGGGGGAGCCCUUCAUAUCUGGGCUGCCAGACAGCCCUGAUGGCGUCCAGGCGUUCUUCGACGGUCCCGUCAGGGAGGCUGCCGCCAAGGCCGCCGCUGCAGGCGCUGCAGGCGCGGACACACCCCCUCAGCGGCUCCAGCUGCAGGAGUUUGUGGAUGCCAAAGAGAUGGCGGCGCGCCAGCUGCCGCACCUUGUUUGGCCGGAGCCCGGCACCAAGGCGCCGCCGCCCAUGCUGUCUUUUUACAGCUUCGCCUCGGCCGAGGUCGUGGCGGCGUCCUAA